CGGGAGGGCUGGCACGGCGGUCGUCUACUGAUUCAGUGAGGAACCAGCUCUCCGACCACUCGCUCCUGUUUGUGCAAUGCCAGGAAAAUCAUAAUAAAAGAAAAAUGUAGUGUAAAAAAAAAAUAUUCGUCAGAUAUGUCUGCGAAAUAAAAAAAGGAAAAGAAAAUGAGUGCGGCGAUGCCAUUGCCGCAGUAACGAACGACUAAUCUUCGCAGUAAACUGAUCAACAAGAGAGCUCCAAUGUAUUAUCAGGAAGAACUGUCAUCUCCACAGUCGUGUUUUGUUUUCAUUUUCUUGUUUUACGACUCCAUUUCUCCACUAUGGCGUGCACUUUCCUUCGCAUUGUUCAGGCAGCCGUGAAUCUAAGGAGGAGGUUUGAGUGCGCGAUCCAGUCCUCGUUCGAAUCCGUUGAAAGCGGCGAGGGAUUAGACAGACACGGUGAUCAGGAAGGCACCGAGGAAAAUGGGCAAUCUCAACCCUGUGAGCAGGAUAUGAGCACAAGUGAACAGCUCUCUCGAAACUUCCAACUGUCAUUCACUGACCCUGACGAAGAUACUGAUAACACAUUAGGAAAUAAGGCCAAGAGAGAGGACAACAUGACAUUCAUUCGGUCAGACGAAGCUACCGACGAAAAGGAAAACGGCGCUUAUAUGGACGCUGUUGCAUCCAGCUCGAUUGAAAUUCUCGAAGAAAACGAGUUUGAUUUCGAUCUCGCAGAAAGUGGGAAGAGCGAAGAGUUUACAGAAAACGGGCACGGUAGUGUGAGUGCGGGAACUAUAAGAAAAGUAGAUGAUGUCGUUCAGAAAAAGACGGUAGUGCAGGUAAAUGAGGUUAGUGGUUCAGAUAAAAGUAGUGACAGUGACAGUAGUAGCGAGAGUCGGUGUAGCAUCAAAUCGGUAAGACUGCGAUCUGCCGAAGCGGUUUCGCCGUCGAGUGGCUGCAAACCGGCCAAGCUAAUUAGAAGUGACGCCUUAGAAACAAAUGCGGAAAAGGAAGCGAGUAAUCUCCAGUGGGUCAUUUACGUGAAAGAAUCCGGCAGUGAAUUGGUGAAGAAGGAAGGGGAGAAGGAGAAUGAAGGAAGCAGUAGCACAGAGAGCGAUAGCCAGAAAACGGAGUACCUGGGUUAUUCCGAGUGGCUCCAGAAGGGCGGGGGCGAAGGGAGCGCGGAGGGCGGGAGUACCUCGGGCAGCAGCCAAGCCUCCCCCGAACAGGUUUCCGACGCGUCUGACCCCGAUUCCGAGAGCUUCCUCGACGACGAGGACGAGUUCAUGGUAGAGGCUUCCUUUGAGGAUUCCUUUGUCGAUGAUGGUUUCGUAAGUUUGGAACUGGACGAGUACGAUGAUGACGUCAUUAUCGAAGAAAACGAGGAGGAUUUGGAGAGAGAGCGUUUGGAGGAACUCAUGCUCGAGCAGAGAAGACGGUUCUUCGCUGAGGGGCCUGGCCGUGGCGAGCCAUCAGAACACAGGAAGCUCAGCCGGCAGUACAGCCCUGCCGUUUACCUCACCGAACCGCUCCCAGGCAUCCCCGAGUCCAAGAUCGUUCAAGAGAGCUCAGAGGACGGCGGGAGUGGUCGCUUGCGGUACACUUCAUCUUAUAGAAGCGGCCGUGGCAGCAAGCGGAGCCUGAGGUCGCCGCCCGUCCAGCGCCAGCGGUGUGUGCAGUUGGAGGGGGGCGAAGGCGACGACGACGGGGCGGGGGUGCCAGGCCGGUCUCCCCGCCCUCUCCCCUCUUCGGCCGAGCACAGAGACGUCGUCCUAGAGGUUGACCCCAUCCGAGUGACGACCGAGACGCCCUCGCCGGAGGUGCCUGUCGUGGUGGUGGCGACGGCCGAGGGCGGCACGCGCACGCAGGCCCUGUACCGCCUCCGGGGGCGGCCCGCUCAGCCCUCCUCCUACAACCACAGUGCCUCCGCCGGAGACCCGCUCCCGAGAACACACACAUAUCACAAAUACGGCAGCGCCAGCUUCGACCUCGCGAGGCCCAGCGGCUACGAGAAGGCGCGCGCGGCCUUCCACACGAGUCGCAGCAGCUUCGAGGGCGACCGGCGGCUGUCCCUGAGCGCCCGAGGGGCAUGUGACAGCUUCGAUAAGGGCGUGGGCUCGGGCAGGCACUUGCCAUCCAUGGAAACGGCGUCCAGGCCGUGCACCAGCGGCAACGCCAACGAGCGGGCGCUGCCGGAGGGCCCGCCGCGAGGAGGCUUCCGCCGUAGCCGCAGCGAGAGGGUAGCCGGCGGGUCCUCGUCGGGCUCGUCGCCGGCGCGCAGCGAGUCCCUCCGUGUGGCCAGGACGCGGCCACGCCUUCAGGACGUCGAGAUGACCGAGAUCUGCGCACCCCGCAGGAUGCACUACGACGAAUAUAGACUGUCGGCCGACCUGAGCCCGACGGCGCCCGUGGUCAGCAGCGGCGAGAGCGCCGUGGCGACCUCCGGCAGGUACUCCUGGCGAUCCGUCGGCGUCGCGGGCCUUCGUCAGUCGUCCCUCGAGAGCGGCGAGCUGGAGGACCUGAUGGAGAACCGGAGGCACGUGGAGCAGCGUCGGCUCCUCCUCCAGGCUGACUCCACGACACCUUCGGACGAGGACGAGGAACCGAGGAGCAAAGUCAGAUACAACGACAUGGGUUCGCUCGAGCAGCUCAGGAUCUUCCAACAGGUGAACGAGGAAAUGGCUGACCUCUUGGACGACUCCAGUGUUGCCUCGAAUGACGCUCAGGAGAAGAUUAAGGUACAAUGCCGUGCCCUUUGGCAGCUGCGAGCUACCCUGGAGGAGGAGGACCCUGAGGAACCUGACUCGGACUCCGGCAGGAUGGAGGUCUUGAGUUCUCCCGACCACCACUCGCCGGGGAGGACCUCGGAUCUUGAAAACGUCACCAGCGCCACCAGCCACACCACGUCGUUCGAGAGCAACACCGACGCCAUCGUGGGCGGCGAAUCGGGCGGCAUAGAAGGCAACGCGGGCGAGGUGGUGAGCGGAGUUUGUCGCGAGGACGUAGGCGGAGUCUGUCGUGAGGAAGUGGGAGGAGUCUGUGGCGAGGAAGUGUCCCAGGGAAGAGCAGAGACCGAGGCACCGCAGACGACCCUCACCCUGCCGUCUUCAGAAGCGAGGCGCACCUCCUAUAGAGCCAUAUUGGCCAGCAGACUAAAGCAACUGGACGCCUCGACUCGACCGCCGCUCUCAGCAGAGAACAGCUUCGAUUCCGUGGACACCGAGUGCUCCUCGACGACGGACCUGAGUCGCCCCGAGGCCCUCACCACGAGCUUCGACUCCACCACGGACUGCCCGACGGACUCCACCAGCGACACGCACUCGCACCGCCUGCAGCAGAUGAAGGCCGACAGCGGCUACAGGAGUCUGGAAGCCAACAACGGCCGACCUCCAAAGCUCAGUAAAAAGCAGAUCCACUUCAUGGAGGACAGCGUGGAGGUCACCGAAGUGGACGUGGAGCGAGACCGCAGCCGGGAGCGCCCCAGAAGCACGGACUUCUCCCAGGACCUUCCUGACGAGCUGGGGGAUCCACAGAGCAAGAGAGAGAGGCUCAGGAAGAGUUUUGCUCAGUUCGAGAGGCGCACCAGCAAGUCCCUGACCAAGAAGCGCCGAGAGGCCCUGCGCGAAAGACACGCCUCCCUCGACACGGCGCUCAGCGUCCCCCUCUCCGGCCCCCUCAUCGGCGUGGGAGGCUCCCUUGAGGUCGACGCCGCCACCACCGACGAGAUCAGCGGCAAAAGGUCCGUGCUCGCGCGGUUCCUCCGGACGCACAGGUACCCGGCGGCCCACUAUCGCCUUCUGCAGCGCGACUACUCCAUAGACGAGAAAUCCGAUCGCCUGUUUAAGGAAUUCAGUCGGACGGAGGUCCCCUUGGAGUGGGAGCCCCCCAACAGACGGAGCUCUCGCUUCUACACCAGCAGGCGUCUCCACCGGCACCUGGACGCCGAAGGGUCGCCCAGGUCGCACCGCCGCAAGCUGUCGCCGCAGGACUCCAUCGAGGAGGAGGACCAGAUGGCCGCCGCCCUGUGGGAGGGGGAGGUCUCGCGGCCCGAGUCUCUGACGGGGUCCAUCGCGGGCGACGACGUGGCCUCCUUCGCCGUGACCGAGGAGGCUGAGUGACGCCCUUCGCUCUCCAGGGAGAUAAGGAUAUGACUGCCACACGCGAAGGAGAGUGGAUAGCGUUGCCUUGCCCAAGCAGUAGGGUGCCAGUCAACGAGGUGAUAUCCGAGACAGGUCCGUCGCUGCAGUCGGAGGACGGGGCAACCGAAUCAGUUGACGCGCGGGUUUUUUAUUGAUGGUGAAUAGUGUAUUCGCAUAUCCUUCUCUAUCGAAUCUCGUCGACUAGUUCAUUAUUAGCUCUUCUUAUUUGAGUCACGUAGUGAUAGUGUCAAGGUGGAUACAAAGUGAUUCGCGCGCACAGCGAUCUCCGUCGGUGGCAUAAAAAAAAAAACGAAGGGAUGGAAUUACAGUCAAACAAAUAUAUCAAAAAACAUUCCCGGAGACCAGAUAAUAAUAAUGAUGAGUAGCAAUAGAAAAAGCGUUCCCCUUAAUGUAUUUCACCUACAGUAAAUAUUUUUUCCUCCCUAUAAGCAUGUUGAAUACGAGUGUUCAAGAGGAAGCUGAAAGAUACAAGUUCCAGUCACAGAAACAGGAACGAUAUUGUUAGAAGUUAAACAAAAGACGAACGAAUGAAGUGGACAUGGAAAUGAGAUCAACGUAGUGGUUUUUUUUUCUUGCAGGGUUCUUACUAUCUAUUAAGAAUGAUAUUAUAUAGGUCCCAAAUAUACUUAUAAUGUUACAAGAUACAAAACGUAAGUAAUUAGAGGAUACAUGUGCUACACAAAGCCGACAGCGGUAUUCCAUGAGUGAAGUGCAUAUGUACUCGGCAAUACACAUUUGUGAUCAACUGUAGGGUUAAGAGAGUGUUAAAAGUGGAUGAUUUAUAACUUAAGCCCUGUGGUUUAGUGAUGAGUGUGUUUUGUACAAGAAGAGGAUCACAUGAAACAAUCAAGUAUUG